CCUGCCAGGACGUUUAAUCAACCUCGCAUAGACAGCAGAGCCAGUCCAAGGCAGAGAGAACCUCUUUAGCUAACAUGACUUUGAACCGGUUAUUAACCCGAGCUGUUCUCUCCAGCAGAGUUGGAUCCAGAUCAGUUUUCACAAGCUCCAAGCCUGACACUGCCAACCCAAACUGGAUGAGAGUGGGUCUUGCCGUUGGGUCAACAGCUAUCCUUUGGGGCCUGCUGUUCAAGCAGCACAGCACAGAUGUGCACGAGUACAAAGUGAGGAAUGGCCUGGAAUAACCCCGCACACUGGUUUGUCGGCAGGUCCUGUCGAGGAUACACCUGUUUCUCCACUUGUUUCUAUUUCCGUUGUUCCUGAUUCCUCACGCUGUAUAAAAUAAAUAUAUAUCAUGUGAAA